GGAGACGUAUUCCAGGUCUCCACCAUUUCGAAGUUGUCACACGCCGUCACACGCAUAUCCAUUGCCGCAGAGAUUGUGUAGAUGGCGCUGCGCGUGCUUUGGGCAGCAUCCGGUGAAGAUGCCGUGGUCUUCAACGACGAGGAGUUGCAAGCUCUGGUGGAAGAACGGGGCAACACCAUCAAAGCACUGAAACUGGAACUUAUGUCUCGAGGAUUUGGAUCAAGGUUUCGACUGCGGCUCUUGCAAGCAGAAGAACAUCUGGAGGUUGGUGACGAUGUGGUGAUUGUUCCGCCACUGGUGCUGAAGAUGGUCAAGCUGGCAUUCCUACCAGCAGACCGAGUUCGAGAUGAGGAAUUUCUUGACGCUUGUCAGGAGGGUGACCUUCAAGAAGUUGAAAGGAGGUUGCACCAGCCACAGGACCCCAACACUAAACAUGUAAUUGUAGAGAGCUUUACAGCCUUGUAUGAGGCAGCGCAAAAUGGCCACGUGGAAGUGGUACGCAUAUUGCUGGAGGCUGGGGCCUCUUAUGACAGAGCCACAUCAUUUCUUUUGCACGGUGCUGCUUCCCGUGGCCACUUGGAAGUGGUACGCUUGUUGCUGGAGGCUGGGGCCUCUUCCAACACUGCAGAUGCACGGGGUUACACACUUUUGCACGUGGCAGCUGAACACGGCCACCUUGAACUGGUACGAUUGUUGCUGCAGGCUGGGGCGUCUUGCAAACAAGCCACUUCUCAGGGUGCACUUGCUUUGCAUUAUGCGGCUCAGAAUGGUCACCUGGAAGUGGUGCGCUCGCUGCUGCAGGCUGGAGCGACAUGUAAUCAUGCAGCAGUCGGUGGCUGGACUUCUGUGCACUCGGCUGCUUUAAGCGGUCACCUGGAAGUUGUACGAUUGUUGGUGGCGUUUGGCGCCGCCCGCGAUGCCACAACUCAUGACGGCACCACUCCUGGGACGCUUGCAGCUCAGAAUCGCCAUCAGGAUGUGGCGGAUUUUUUGAAUCAUGCGCCGGCUAAGAGGCUUAAGAAAGAACACUGACAAACUUGUGCUCAGAUGAGGUGCUUGAAAAGUUCACAGAUUGCACACAGGAUAAUGCUAACAAGAAUAGACAGAGGAGUCAGAAGAGACAGGAAGAAUCCAUCACUGGUCACAUGGUCAAGAA